AUGGCCGAACGCAAUGUCUCUCAGAUUCUCGGGCAGCUCAAGCAUUCUCCGUCCAUGAGCUAUCCUGAAGCAAAUGCGCUUCUUUCCAAGGCCAAACUCGCCCUUCUGAGUCUAAAUGCCCUCACCCCCAGCCAGUCGACGUCGCCUCAACUUCUGGCCCUCGCUCGCGAGACCUUUGAACAAGGCGCACUCUUCGCCAUCAGAGCACGCAACCCAGAAGCCUUCACGCGUUAUGUGCAACAACUUCAGCCUUUCUAUGAGCUCCCCUCAGCGACUCUCCCACCGAACUUACCCGAACGAAAUAAAGUGACUGGAUUGAGCCUCCUUCUUCUCUUAACGCAAGGUCGCUACGCCGAAUUUCACUCGGAGCUUGAAGGCCUUGCCAAUCGCGAUGGGGGAGGCAGUUCCGGAGAUGUGGAAGGCGACCGGUACCUCGGAUACCCUAUCCGACUGGAAAGAUGGCUGAUGGAGGGCAGCUAUGACCGAGUAUGGAAGGCAAUGAAGAGCAGUGAAGUGCCAUGCGACGAAUACGGCGUCUUCUCAGAGGUGAGUGCUCAUGCGCAAUAUCUUGCCGAUCCCUAUGGUGUGAUUGUGUCUAACAAAAGCAAUCAACAGAUUUUGAAGAACCAGAUCAGGUCUGAAAUCGCAAGCAGCAGUGAGCGCGCGUAUCCAAGUCUGCCGAUUAGCUCCACCAAAUCUCUACUAUUCCUGGACUCCGAAGGUGAUGUGAUUCAGUUUGCCAAGUACAGAGGCUGGGUGGUCAGAGAUGGGCAUAUAUACUUCCCAGAUGCAGCAGACUCCGGUGAGGACAGCGGCCAGAGCAAGGACAUCAGCCAGGUGAUCAUAGAAAACACGCUAGGAUAUGCUCGGGAAUUAGAGACUAUUGUGUAA